AGCUCAGUUCUGUGAAGACGAUCAUGAGAGAUUGGAUUUAAACUUUUCAGGGAAAUUAAAACUUCUACUUUUAUAUUUAACUUUUUUUUUUUUACUCCCCAAUACCCUUCAGCCUUACCUGUUUCAGUGGUGCAACUCUGUUCCUCUUCUUCAGGUUACCAGUCACCUUCAGGCCAUUCUGAGGAGGGAAAGGGGAAUAUGAAGUCAGCCAAGCCCCAGGUGAAUCACAGUCAGCAUGGGGAAAACCAACGGGCCAUGAGCCCCAUGCACCCUAUUCUCAGUUCUGCAGCCUCUCCUUCCCAAGCGUAUGAAACCUACAUUGAUAAUGGACUCAUAUGCCUUAAACACAAAAUUAGAAAUAUUGAGAAAAAAAAGCUCAAAUUGGAAGAUUACAAGGAUCGCCUGAAGAAUGGAGAGCGACUUAAUCCAGACCAGUUGGAAGCAGUAGAGAAAUAUGAAGAAAUACUACAUAACUUGGAAUUUGCCAAGGAACUUCAGAAAACCUUUUCUGGACUGAGUCAAGAACUGCUUAAAGCUCAGAAGAAGGCUCAGAGAAGGGAGCACAUGCUAAAACUUGAUGCUGAGAAGAAAAAGCUUCAAACUGUACUUCAAGUACAGUAUAUAUUGCAGAACUUGAUACAGGAACAUGUACAGAAAGACUUCAAAGAGGGCUUGCAUGGUGCACUGUACUUGCCUUCACAAGAACUUGACUACCUCAUUAAAUUCUCAAAACUGACCUGCCCUGAUAGAAAUGAAAGCAUGAGUGUUGAAGACCAGAUGGAGCAAUCAUCCUUGUACUUUUGGGACCUUUUGGAAGGUAGUGAGAAAGCAGUGGUAGGAACCACAUACAAACAUGUGAAAGCUUUGUUGUCUAAAUUGAUGAACUCAGGAUAUUUUGAAAGUAUUCCAGUUCCCCAAAAUGGUAAGGAAAAAGAAAUAUCAGUGGAAGAAGAAAUGUUGAUAAAAUCAGAGAAGAUGAAACAAUUAUUGAAAAUGGAACCAAUCAGAGAGCCAGAGUCUCUUGUGGGACUCACACAGUCAGAGAUACAGCCACAAGAGUUUCUUAACAGACGCUACUUGACAGAAGUAGAUUAUUCAAACCAACAAGAUGAAGAAGAGCAAUCCUGGGAAGAAAACUAUGUUAGUGAACCAAAUCAACCUAAAUGCUGGAAUAUGCUCAAAGAACCAGACAAUCAGGAGAAGCAGCAGGAAUCCUGCAAGUCCUGGGAGUCUCCUGUUAAGCACCAGAAGUUAUCAAAAAAUACUUCUUUAGAGCAAAAGAAACAAGAGGUUUCAAAAUUUAGGUCUGCUCUGCAGGAAGAGCAGAAGCAGCAGGAGACCUCCAAACUCAAGCCAACUCCUGGCCAGUGUAAGCAAGAAAUUUCUAAGUCGAAAGCAGGGUAUAUUCAAGAGGAGCAGAAGAAGCAGGAAAUACCAAAGCCUUGGCCAGUUCAGCUGCAGAAAGAAAACGAGCCAAUGAAGCAAACUCCAAAACCUUGGGUACCUUCUUUGCAGAGUGAACAGGCCAUCACCAAAUCAUGGACGACUCCCAUGUGUGAUGAACAGGACUCAAGACAGCCAGAGACUAUAAAAUCUUGGGGAAAUGAUGUUGAAAGUCAAACACAUCCUUUAAUACUGCAGUCACAGCUAUCCCCAAAGUCCUGGUCAGUAACUACAGCAAGCCUCAUUCCAAAUGACCAGCUCCUGCCCAGGAAGUUUAAUACAGAACCCAAAGAUGUGCCUAAGCUUAUGCAUCAGCCUGUAGGUUCUUCCUCUACUCUUCCAAAGGAUCCAAUACUGAGGAAAGAAAAACUGCAGGAUCUGAUGACCCAGAUUCAAGGAACUUGUAACUUUAUGCAAGAAUCUGUUUUGGAUUUUGACAAACCUUCAAGUGCAAUUCCUUUAUCACAGUCACCUUCAGUUACCACAAGUAGCCCAGUAGCAUCUGCAGAACAAAAUCUACCCACUGAAAAUGAUUUUCUUCAAGAGUCAUUACAGGCUACUACUUCUCCAGUUACUUGUAGAUCAAAUGCUUGUUUGCUUACUGCCGAUCAGGCCUCUUCUGGAACUGAAACAGAGUUUAUGACCUCAGAGGCUCCUGAGGCAGCAGUUCCCCCAAGCAAGCAGCUAUCUUCAUUAGCAUCUCCAAAUCCUCCCAUGUCAAUGGCCUCUGAACAAGUCUUCCAGUCACCUGCAGAUAGUAGCUCAGUAACCAUUACUACAACACCCUUUCAAGCCAUGCACACAGUAUUUAAUGUCAGUGCACCCCUUCCUCCAAGAAAAGAACAAGAAAUAAAAGAAUCCCCGUAUUCGCUUGGCUACAAUCAAAGUUUUACUACAGCAAGUACACAAACACCGCCCCAGUGUCAACUGCCAGCCAUACAUGUAGAUCACGUCCUUUCUCAAGAGACUGCAAGUUAUCAUCCUGAUGGAACUAUUCAAGUAAGCAAUGGUAACCUUGCCUUUUACCCAGCACAAACGAAUGUAUUUCCCAGACCUGCUCAGGCCUUUGUCAAUAACCGGGGAUCUGUUAGAGGAUGUACUCAUGGUGGGAGACUGCUUAUCAACUCCUAUCGUUCUCCUGGUGGUUAUAAAGGUUUUGAUACUUACAGAGGACCUCCUUCAAUUGCCAAUGGAAAUUAUAGCCAGCUGCAGUUCCAAACUAGAGAAUUUUCUGGAACUCCCUAUUCCCAAAGGGAAAAUUUCCAGCAGUGUUACAAGCCAGGUGCAAUAUCUGGUGGUCCUCAGGCAAAUUCAAGAGCUAACUGCUUCAUUAUGAGAAACUCACUGUUGCUAAUAAAACAACAGGGUGGAGUGAUUCUUCUCAGGUGAGCAGCCCAGAAGGAGACAACGAAACCUUCAACAGUGGUGACUCUGGACAAGGAGACUCCCGUAGCAUGACCCCUGUGGAUGUACCAGUGACAAAUCCCGCAGCCACCAUACUGCCAGUACACGUCUAUCCCCUGCCUCAGCAGAUGCGAGUUGCCUUCUCAGCAGCCAGAACCUCUAAUCUGGCUCCUGGAACUUUAGACCAACCUAUUGUGUUUGAUCUUCUUCUGAACAACUUGGGAGAAACUUUUGAUAUUCAGCUUGGUCGAUUUAAUUGCCCAGUGAAUGGCACAUAUGUUUUCAUUUUUCACAUGCUAAAGUUGGCAGUGAAUGUGCCACUGUAUGUCAACCUAAUGAAGAAUGAAGAGGUCUUAGUAUCUGCCUAUGCAAAUGAUGGUGCUCCUGACCAUGAAACUGCUAGCAACCAUGCAAUUCUGCAACUCUUACAGGGAGACCAGAUAUGGUUACGCUUGCACAGGGGAGCAAUUUAUGGAAGUAGUUGGAAAUAUUCUACAUUUUCUGGCUAUCUUCUUUAUCAGGAUUGAAAAUCAGUAUAGAAUUGGCAAUAAGACGAAGGCAUUCUCAUUUGUGAAUUUAAAGGAAAAGUAGUUAUUUCCCUCAUGACUGAUUGGUUUAGGAAAAUGUUUUCAUUCAUAGAGGACAAAGGAGGUCCUUACUUUUUCUCCCCUAGCCCCAAGGUUAAAUUAAACAUUUCAAGCUGACUGGCAACUAGCGCUAAUGUAGCACCUUAUAAAUGAUGUAGCCUCACUAGUCAAGCUGUGAAUGUAUAUUGUUUGCACUUUUACUUCCUAAAUUGUAUUAAUGUUCAGCUUAUAAAACUUAUGCCUCAAGUUUAGGCAAGUUAUAAUACCUUUUUGUGCCUCAAUAACAAUAUAAAAUUAUAUGUAC